AUGGGUUACCCAUCUUCAACCCCCGGUAGCCCUUCGGUAACCCCCUUGAACUUAGUCGUCGCAACCCCGAAGGAGGUGUCGCAACUGGUGGAAUAUCAUAUCCGCGAAGGUGUGCCCUUGCUCACUAGAAUGGUCGUCACAGGCGCGGUGCUCACGUUCUGCGGUUUGCUCUGCUUUGACGAUCUAAGCCAUGUGCUGGUGCAUACCGACCUGCUCCAUAUCUACGGAGAUCGCGUGGAAAUCUUUUUAUUCAAAAGCAAGACCGACCAGCACUGCAAGGGUGCCUUUGUGACCAUCAGCAGAAUCGGCGGGCCGUGCUGCCCGGUGCUUCCUUUUGGAGCAGCUGCGGACACCACGCAUGUCGAGGAGGUCGUGGCGGCACUCCCGUCUACAGUCGAGGCUAUGCCUUUUCACAAGUUCCGCGACAUGCUCUGGACGUUAUGCACGGAGGCAGGCGUGCAAAAGCUGGGGCGGUGGAAGAGUAACACCGUUUUCGAGUUUGCAUACGUCCGCGAGGACGGGGCGUGGCGGCGAGCAGUGACGGCACACAUCCCGCUAGGGUACAUUCCCCGUAACACCUAG